AUGCUCCCGCCGCUGCUGCUGGAGCCGCCGCGGGACUCCUGGCCCGCGGCCCAAUUGCCGCUUCCUGGGGGCCCCCGCAGCGCGUCCCCGCCGCCGCCGCUCGAGCCGCUGGGGAACUCCUGCCCCGCGUCCCGGUGGCCGCCGCUUGAGCCGCCGGGAGAUCCCGGCCCCGCGCCCCGGCUGCUGCCGCCCGGGUGGACCAGGGAGCCCCGCGGCGCUCUCCUGCUGCCGCUGCUUGGGCUGCCCGGGGACUCCUGCUCCGUGCCUCGGCUGCCGCUGCCCGAGCCGCCGGGGGAUCCCAGGCCCGUGCCCUGGCUGCCGCUGCCCGAGCCCCCGGGGGAUCCCAGGCCCGUGCCCCGGCGGCCCCUGCCCGAGCCGCCGGGGGAUCCCAGGCCCGUGCCCCGGCGGCCGCUGCCCGAGCCUCCGGGGGAUCCCAGGCCGCCCGUGCCCCGGCGGCCGCUUCCCGAGCCGCUGGGGGAUCCCAGGCCCGUGCCCCGGCGGCCCCUGCCCGAGCCGCCGGGGGAUCCCAGCCCUGCGUCCCGGCGGCCCCUGCCCGAGCCGCCGGGGGAUCCCAGCCCCGCGUCCUGGCUGCCGCUGCCGCCCGUGCAGCAUGAGGAGCCCGGCCACGUGCUCCAGCCGCUAAUGCCUGAGCCGCGGGGGGAUCCCUGCCCUAUGACCCAGUCGCCCGUGCGGCCUGCAACCAGGAGUCUGCCCCCGUGCGAACACGCCGCUCCAGACCCCGCGAGACCUGACUGCCGACCGCUGAAACCGCCAAGAGACGCCUCCCCUGCCCUCCUGCGCUCACCAACCACACCCCCCGCACCCCAGGAGCCCCAGAUGCCACGAGAUGACCCCCCUGUUCUCCUGCGAUGGCCGGACACGCCUCCUGCACCCCAGCAACCCCCACCGCUGAGGGACAACCACCCUGACCCCCUACAGGACACCCACACCUCCCAGGAACCCCAGCCACUGGGAGGAACCCCAAGUACUCCCGAGACACAGCCACUGCUGAAGGACGCCCCCCCCACCACCAGCCGUGCGACGGAAGACGACCAGGAGGGCCCUAACGCUCCACAAAAUGGCUGCUCCGCCCCGGACACCGUCUACCUCCAAUACCCCCUCACCACAGACGCGCUCAUCUGCCCCAUCUGCCUGCCGCCUCGACGCUUCCAUCUCCUCGGAGGGGUCACCAGACAUCUGAGGAGAUACCACAACCAGUCCACCGCCUUCAGCUGCGCCCUUUGCAGCCUGCCCUUCGAGUCCCAGAAGAAAUGCAAGGCACAUCAGGCCAGCUGCAAGAAAGCCCGCACAACAACAGCUCCAGUUCCGGUCCCCCGCCAUCCUGUGUCCCAGCCCGCUGCUCCUGCGCUGCAAAGAGCCAGAGCGACCCUGCCAACCGCUGCCCAGAAACCCACUCCAGCCCCUGCGCUGGUGGACCAGGGCACUGUGGCCAAAACGACGACUACCACAGCGAGAAACGUCGACCGAGCCCCUACCAACUGGAGUCCCUUCACACCCACCCAAGUCUCCCGGAAGCUCUCUGAACUAAGGCGUCUCAGUGCCCCCUCCAACCAAUGCGACCCCGCCCCGAGAAGGGUCAGCGCUCCGCCAUGCGUGGCCGCCCGAGACCCUGCUGCUGGAGGCACCAAGGCUGGCUCUCGGUCUACCCUGCGAGCACCAGCCACAAGGGGUGCCAACGCAACUCCUCAGCCCGCCUUGCGAACCCCACCCGUCAGGGGAACGAGGAUCACCCCCCAGACCGCCCCGCACACUGCUACCAUCAGCGGAGCCAACGCCACGAACAGACCACAGCACCCGACCCCCGCUGUCAGACGGGUCGACACAGACCCAAAAGACACCAGGCCGAUUCCUGCCACCAGAAGGUCAUGCGCUCCUACAGCAACCCCCGAGAUGACAGCUGCACACGUAAGACCGGGCGUCACCUCCGCACCCACCGUCCCAAACCUGAUCCCACCUGUGGGAUAA